AUGUUAAUAAGUAAAAGAAAAAGAAGAAAACCAUACACAUACAACGACGGAUAUGAAUAUAUAAAUAAAAAAAUAAAAAACAAAUUUAUAUUUAUAUGUUUAAUAGCAGUUGGAGGGUUUUCAUGUGUAUAUAAAAUAAAAAAGAAAGAAAAAAAAGAAAAAAAGAAAAAAGAGAUAUACUAUGAUCAGAAAGAAAAUUGUAAGGACAAAUUUUAUGCUUUAAAGAAAAUAAAAUUUCAUGCAAAUCCAAAAAAUUUAAAAGAACAAAUUUUAUUAAAUUUAAGAGAAAUCAAAUAUUUAAACCUAUUGAAAAAAUAUACAAACAUCGUUUACCCACAUGAAUACUGGAUAGAAAUUUAUAAACCUUUUUACAAACAAAAUAAAAUUAAAUCAGAUAAAAAAAAAAAUAAUAAAAAAAUAAAGAAACAAAAGUUAUCCUUAUUUAAAGAUACUAUCAAAAUUAUUAAGAAGAGAAAAAAAGACAAGUUAAAAAAAAAAAAAAAAAUUGAAUUUUUUUUUAAAAACAUUCAAUAUUCUAGUGAUACAGAUGAUAUCAAUAUUACUUUUGAAGAUGCUCAUCCAGAAAAAGUAAAAAAUAAUAAUAAUAAUAAUAUAAAAGAUAUAAAAUAUAUAAAAGAAAAAGUACAAAAAGAUUAUAAAAAGAAUAAUAAAAAGAAUGACAAGAAUAAUGUCAAUAAGAAUAACACAUAUAAUAACAAAUACAAAGUUGUUAUCAAUAAAAUUAUAGAAAAAAAAUAUCUAAUAAAUAAAAUAAAAAUCAAUAGGAAUAAAAAAAUAUAUAUAUAUAGACAUAUAUAUGGACAUAUAUAUGGACAUACAUAUAGACAUAUAUAUAGACAUACAUAUAGACAUAUAUAUAGACAUACAUAUAGACAUAUAUAUAGACAUAUGUAUGCUCUCUUUAAUAUAAACAAGAAUUCAUAUUAUACAUAUAAUAAUAAUGAUAAAUUCAAAUUAUUAAAAGGGUUAAAAAGAAAUAAUCUUUUUAUAAAUAAAAAUCAAACUAUUCCUUAUCCUUCUUCUUGUUAUUAUUAUUCAUCUCAUACAACAAACAAAUUUAAAUCCUUAAAUGAAAAACAGUUUACCUAUAUAAGCUCUUUCUCUUCUCAUAUGUGUUGUACCUCCUCUCGAAGAAAAACGUUCUCGUACAAUCAAAAGGAUAAUUAUCAGGAAAUAAAAAAAUUAAAUAAAUAUUAUAAUUACAAAUCAUCAAAUUUUUUAGAUAAACAAAUAUUAAAUAAACAAUCGAUGUUUUGUCAAAACAAAAUAAACAACAAAAAAAACGAUCAUAACGUUGUAUUAAAAACAUUACAAACAUUUUAUGAUGAUACAUAUAUAUAUAAUUUAGAAAAAGUAGACACCCAAGAAACAAAACGAUAUAGUAAUUAUAAUAAUAUAGGACAUGUAGAAAAUGGAGAAAAUAUAAAAAAUGUGGAAAAUAUAAAAAAUGUGGAAAAUGUAAAAAAUGUGGAAAGUGCAAAAAAUGUGGAAAAUAUAAAAAAUGUGAAGAAAAAAAAAAAAAACAAAUUUGUUACAUACAAUAAUAUAUAUACUAUGCAAAAUAUAAAAUAUACAUCAUACAAAUCAAAUGUAUCUAUUAUAAAUCACGAUGUUAAUAUAUGUAAUUCUUAUAGCCUAUCAAACAUUUUUACUUGUAAAACAAAAAAUGAACAUAAUGAUUUCUUCUUUCCAAGACACACCAAAUUUAAUAACAGGCCGUCAAAAAAUAAGAAACAUAGAUUAUCACAAAGAAAAUAUUACAUCAACAAUUAUAAAAAUAAAGGAAUUAAAUUUAAGCUCAAGAAAAUAAUCAGGAAAAUGUUUCAAAUGAAAAAUAAAUUACGAUGUGUUACUGGUACCUAUUUUAAUAAUUAUAAAAUUGAUAAAACAAUUGGAAAAAAUAAAAAUAAUAAGAGCAAUAAUAAGAACAAUAAUAAGAGCAAUAAUAAGAACAAUAAUAAGAGCAAUAAUAAGAACAAUAAUAAGAACAAUAAUAAGAGAAAUAAUAAUAUUAACACGAAUAAGAAGAAUUAUUAUUUUUACAAUCAACAUAGUCCUUGUAUAGAUAUCUUUAAAAAGACCAAAAGAAGGAAGAAAAAAAAAAAAAAAAAAAAAAAAAAAAUUACAUUUAUUAACCUUCUUUUUAAUAAUCAAAUUAAAUAUCACACAAAAAUUUGUAAAAACAAAAUAAAUAAUAUACAAUCAAGAGAAUGUGCUCAUAAAAUAUUAUCAUAUCAUCAUAUUUUUAUUUUACUUUAUUAUAUAUAUAAAAAUACAACAUACAUUUCAGAAUUAUUAUAUGAACAAUAUAUAAAUAAUAUAAAAAAGAAUUUUUUGCUUAAUAAAUUAAUUAAUUUAUAUAUACCAAUCUAUAAUUAUUCAGAAUAUUUUUUUAAUAUAUCCUUCAUAUAUUAUAUCUUGUCAAAUAAAAAAAGAAAACAAUUCAAACCAACAAAUAUAUUAUCACCACAACUAUACUCCUAUUUUUAUUACUCCAACUUAUUAUUUGGUUCUCGUUAUGUUCAUAAAAGAAACCAAAUUCAUAGAAACAUAUACAAAAGCAAACUUAGUAAUAUGUAUGCACAUUUAUCCAACUUGGAUUUAUUUUUAUGUUAUAGAAGUAAACAUAAUUACAAAUAUAUUAAAAAAAGACAAGCUCUUUUUAAUUUUUUUUUUUAUAAAAGAUCAUAUAUUAUCCAUUAUGAAAAAUAUUUUACUAAUAAACAUUUUAUAAAGACACAGGAAAAUCAAUUAAAAUAUUUCACUCGAUUUUCUACUUUAAAAAUGUCAGUAAAUAAUUAUUCAUCUAAAAAUUAUAUUUUGAAAAAAUGUUAUAUGAUUAAAAUAAAAAAAAAAAUUGUCAAAAAUGUAAACAUAAGAAGAAAUAAAAAUAUGUGCAUGUAUUUAUCUUAUGUCAUACAUAUUCUUAAAAGUCAUAACUUAUGUAACAAAAUAUAUAAGGAAUUUAAUAAACAAGUUACAAAUAAUGUAUGUAAAAAACAGGUAGUUAGACAAAUAAUUCUUGAUAUAUUUAAUAAUAAGACACACCCAAGGCAUCACAUAAUUAAAUACACAUAUAAUUUUCAUAAAAAAAAUAUAUGUUUAUCAAGUUGUAAAAAGCGAUUUUUUUUAAAAAUAUAUUGUUUUCAUAAAGGUGGUUAUGUUUUUUCAAGAUUGUAUGGAAAAGAAAUUAAAAAAAAAAAAAAAAAAAAAAUUGAAAGAAUAAGAAUAAGAAAUAUACAGGUUCAAAAACAAAUGGGUUAUAAAUCUCGACCAUUCAUAAAUAACAAAGGAUCUUCAAAAAUUUCAAAACAAAUCAUAUAUUUUUCAUUAAAUAUAAUUUUGAAAAAUUAUAUAGAUUAUAUAUUAACGAAAAGGAAUUUUUUAUGUUCAUAUGAUCAUCCUUUAAUUGAAAGAAAAUGGUUAAUGUAUUAUACCACAAGAGUUGUAUCCAAUUAUUUUUUAAAUCAAAGAAAGGAUUAUAAUAAUGAUAAUAAUAAUAAUAAUAAUAUCAUGUUUAAUAAUAAUUUUAUUGUUAAUAAUUAUAUGGAUAAGUAUAAAAAUAUUUUCAUAAAAUCAUGUAAUGAUAAAACCAUUCCCUACCAAAUGCUUGGGAAUUUACAAAAUGAAUAUUAUUUAUCAAAAGGUAAUAAUAAAAGGAAUAUAACAACCACUUAUUUAUAUAUGAAAAUAAGGAAGAUAUUAAAUAAAUAUUCUAAAAGAAAUGAAGAAAAAAGAAAAAUAUUGAAAGGUAAAUAUUCUUACAACAAUGGAAGCUUUGCUCUAUUAUCAUAUAUAAAUAAGAAACAUAAACAUAAUAAAAUAUAUCACCAGAUUAAAGAAAAGAAUCGAAAUAAUAAACAGACAAAAUAUAAAUUUAACUUAUAUAUAAGAAUGGAAUAUUGUAAAAGUACACUAGAAAAUUAUAUUAACACAAGGGAAAAUAUGAAUAUUAAUAGAAAUUACGAAAUAAUACAAAUGAUAAUAUUAGGUUUAUACUAUAUUCACAAUAAUAACAUUAUGCAUAGAGAUUUGAAACCUUCGAAUAUUUUUAUUUCCGAUAAGAAUAUUGUUAAGAUAGGGGACUUUGGGUUAGCAUCAUAUGAUUAUACUUAUCCAAAAAAGAAAAAAAGAAAAAAGAGAAAAAGAAAAUCAAGUAACUUGUCAUACGAAUAUAAUAUACGAAAAACUAAUAUAUUAAAUUUGCAAAAAAAUAAUACUCCUUUCAAUAUAGAUAAAUAUAAUAACAAUAUUAUAAGGAAAAAAAAAGAAAUCUCAUUUAAAAAAUGCUGUACGAAAAAUAAUAUACCCACAAAAGAAAUAAACAGUAAUUCCUCAUUUCAAUAUUUUACAAAAAAAAAAAAAAAAAAAAAAAAAUUUCAUGAUCAUCAUACUUUAGGAAUAGGAACAAAAAUAUAUGCAGCUCCAGAACAAUUAAUAGGAAAUAAAUAUACAAAAGCAGUUGAUAUGUUUUCACUUGGGUUAAUUAUAGUAGAUUUAUUUACUAUAACAAAAACAAAUAUGGAAAGAAUGAAAAUUUUAUGUAAUGCUAGACAUAGGAUUUUACCUGACUUGUUAAUAAAAAACCAUCCUCAGGUAGCCAAAUUGUGUCAAAAUUUAUUAUCGCUAGAUUAUCAAUUAAGAUGGACAUCAGAAGAGUUAUAUAAGAAAAAAAAAUAUAUAUAUAUAUAUUGA